AUGAAAUUCAUCUCAAGCAUAACCUUGCUGGGCGUAUGCGCAGUUAACACCUCGGAAGGAUUCCAAUUGAACAAUCCUCGUAGUGCUUCCAGGUCGUUGGUGGCUUCCAAGAUCCAAGAGUACAGGACCCCUUCCAGCAAGCACUCCAUUCGAAGACAACAAGCAUCCGCUCUAUACGCUGCCACUCCUCAAGAAUCUCCCAGUAAAGAUCUUGAUACUGACGCACUCGUCAAGUACGGGUCCAGUAUUGGCAUUCAAAUGGGUAUCAUUACCGCCCUUCUCUAUGGAUUGGAUACUCUGGUAGGAACAAUUGGACUUGAGGUCCCCUUUCCGGCCGUGUUUGCCCUGUUUUAUUUUUUCUCCUUGAAAUCGAGAACCUUUAAUCCGCUCAACAAUCAAAGACCCAACUUGAAAAAGGCUGUCAAUGGGGAAGGUACUCCCAGUAAGGGCUUUCGUGAUCGGGUCAUGCCUUCCUGGACUCCACCGGGUGUUACCUUUCCCAUAAUGUGGAUUUUGGUGAUUGGACCUCUACGGUCGUUUUCUUCCGCGUUGGUCUACAUGGCGAAUGGGCAUCACUUUUGCGAUCCUACCUUGUUGGCAUUGCUCUUGCACUUGAGUAUUGGAGAUGUAUGGAACACCAUCAACAACACUGAAAAGCGCUAUGGAGCUGCAGUUCCAUCUGUCUUGAUGGUUUCGGCUGCCGCCGCCAAUGCCGCAUUUCAGUACAGUCAAGUGGACCCAUUUGCCGGAAAACUGUUGGGGUUAACCCUAGUUUGGUUUUCCGUCGCCUCCACCUUGAUUGCGGAUACCUGGAGACUGAAUCCAGAUCCUAGCACUGGACAACGCGAUCCCUUGUAUCCAGUGACUGGAGGAGAAAGCAAGACGGAAUUUUCGUGGUUCAACAGUAGUCCAUAA